AACUCCUGCUUAUCAACAUUGGUGAGCAUGAAAGGGAAUCUCGCGAAGAUUCAGUUGACUUCACCUGCAUGUACUGAGGUUGGAGAGAAGGUCGCGCUUUUGAGACGUAUCGAGAAGCAUUGGCGGCUUGUAGGCAAGUGUCAGACCGUAUCGCUUUGUUUCAGCUUUCAUGCACAAAUUCUGCAAUGAUCACUUACGACUGUUGGCAGGUCUUGACACCAGGACACAAUGAGCGUUGAGGUUGGUGCACCGGAAGUUUGAGCUGCUGAAGCACUCAAGCUUCGUUUUUGAUCACGAGUCGCACU